UCGCUCCAGGGGUAGAAUAGAAUACAAUUGGAUUCCCAGGCUCCGGAUUGGGCACGGCGGCGAUGGCGAGGAGGGGCGUGUCGUACGUGUCGGCGGCGCAGCUGCUGUCCCUGGCCCGCGACCCCCGCAUCGCCAUCGUCGACGUCAGGGACGAGGAGAGGAGCUACGACGGCCACAUCGCGGGGUCGCACCACUACGCCAGCGACAGCUUCGCGGAGCGGAUGCCGGAGCUGGCCCAGGCCACGGGGGGCAAGGAAACCCUCGUCUUCCACUGCGCCCUCAGCAAGGUGCGGGGUCCAUCUUGUGCACAGAUGUUUCAUGACUAUUUAUCAGACGCCACGGAAGAUUCAGGGGUAAAGAACAUCAUGGUCCUUGAGCGUGGAUUCAAUGGAUGGGAACUUUCAGGGAGGCCUGUUUGCCGCUGCAAGGACGCUCCUUGCAAAGGUGUAUGCUCUUGAGUAUUUCAACUCAAGUCAGACAGAUUCUCCUAUGAACGUUUCAAAAAUUAUCACUAUCUACAAGCUAGACAUUUGUAGUUUAUGAAUACUAUAGCUGAUCAGAAUGGCAUAUCUCCAUUGGUGGAUCAUUCUAUUGAAUAACAAUUAGUGUCACUUCACGGCAUGUAAACUGUAAACUACAAUGGCAAAGAUUGAAAAUGUUUUGCUUCCAUCAA